AUGCAGUUGUCGUGGAAGGACAUUCCAACCGUGCCUACGGCCAACGACAUGUUGGAUAUCGUGCUCAAUAGAACCCAGAGAAAAACACCCACCGUGGUGAGACCUGGGUUCAAGAUCUCCCGUAUCAGGGCCUUCUACAUGAGAAAGGUGAAGUUCACCGCUGAGGGAUUCUCUGAGAAGUUCACGGAUAUGUUGGCUGGUUUCCCAAACAUUAAUGAUGUUCAUCCUUUCCACAGAGAUUUGAUGGACACUUUGUACGAGAAGAACCAUUACAAGGUGUCCUUGGCUGCCGUGUCCAAGGCUAAGACCUUGAUCGAGCAAGUCUCUAGAGAUUACAACCGUCUUUUGAAGUUCGGCCAGUCGUUGUACCAAUGUAAGCAGUUGAAGAGAGCUGCUUUGGGUAGAAUGGCCACCAUCACCAAAAAGUUGAAGGACCCAUUGCAAUAUUUGGAGCAGGUCAGACAGCAUUUGGGUCGUUUGCCCUCUAUCGACCCCAACACCAGAACCCUUUUGAUCUGUGGUUACCCUAAUGUUGGUAAGUCUUCUUUUUUGAAGUGCAUCACCAAGGCUGAUGUCGAGGUCCAGCCUUACGCCUUUACCACCAAAUCCUUGUACGUUGGUCACUUCGACUACAAGUACUUGCGUUUCCAGGCCAUCGAUACUCCUGGUAUCUUGGACCGUCCAACGGAAGAAAUGAACAAUAUCGAAAUGCAGUCCAUCUAUGCCAUUGCCCAUUUGAGAUCUUGUGUCUUGUACUUCAUGGAUUUGUCCGAGCAGUGUGGUUUCUCAAUUGAAGCCCAAACCAAAUUGUUCCACUCCAUCAAGCCCUUGUUUGCUAACAAGUCUGUGAUGGUGGUGAUGAACAAGAGUGAUAUCAUCAGACAAGAGGACUUGCCAGUUGAGCAGCAGGAGCUCUUGAAGUCGAUCGCCGACAGCCCUGGUGUGGACAUCAUGAACACCUCGUGUUACGCCGAAGAAAAUGUGAUGCAAGUGAGAAACCAGGCUUGUGAGAAGUUGUUGACUGCUAGAAUCGAGCAAAAGUUGAAGGGCUCUGCUCGUGUGAACAAUGUCUUGAACAAGAUUCAUGUGGCUAGACCACAGUUGCGUGAUGAGGAGGAGAGACCCGCUUUCAUUCCUGAAGGCGUACAGCACUUGACGAAAUACGACAGUGAUGAUCCAAACAGAAGAACUUUGGCUAAGGACGUCGAGGCCGACAAUGGUGGUGCCGGUGUCUACAAUGUCAACCUCAAGGACUUCUACUUGUUGGAUGACGAUGAGUGGAAGGCCGACACCAUGCCUGAAGUGUUGGACGGUAAGAACGUCUACGACUUCUUGGACCCAGAUAUUGCUGCCAAGUUGCAGGCUUUGGAGGAGGAAGAGGAGAGACUAGAUGCAGAAGGCUUCUACGACUCCGAUUCUGAAAUCGAGGACGAGGAGACUGUCGACAUCCGUGACAAGGCCGAAUGGAUCAGAAAUAAGCAUAAGGUGAUGAUCAAGGAGGCACGUACGAAGAAGGCUUUGAAGAACAAGUCGAUGAUGCCAAGAGAACACAUCAAGAAGACUUACGGCGAGAUGGAGGAGCACAUGGCCUCUUUGGGUCAUGACACACGCUCUUUGAAGCAGAGAGUCAAAAACAAGAAGACCAUCAGUGGUGUGGACAUCUUGAAGGCCAACCAGGGCCUCACGAAGCAAAAGAAGAAGGUGCAGAAGAAACAGGCGCCAGCUAACCAGAACGAUAGAUUGAGUGCCGGUGUUGCUGACGGAGCUUUGCGUUCGCAGGCCGAGAGAGUCGCCAAGUUGCAGAGAAGAGAGAGAAACCGCCAGGCAAGAUUGGGAGAGGCCGACAGACACACUGUUGCCUCGAUGCCCAAGCACUUGUUCUCGGGAAAGAGAGGCUUUUCUGCGGACCGUCGUAACUGCAAGUUCGGCUUGAAGUGUGCUUUGGCCCAUUUCUUGCCUGACGGAACUAGGGUGAACUCAAAGUCCUUGAACGCACAUCGUCGCCAUGACAGAAACAACAACUACUCAAACGCUCAAAAUGACCACAGUUCUGGCUCAGAUGCAAACAAUUAUGACCACUCAACUAGUCUGCAUCAAUCCCACAAGGGGCGGGCUUCUUCCGGUACCGGUGCUGGCGCUGGUUCAGGGGGAAACCGAAACAGUCACCUGAAUGGUUCUUCUAGAUCUUUCGUGACACUGCCAACAGAGAGACCACAAGGCAGACCCAGAACUGAGCACCUCGAUUUCAACAGCAAUUUUGAUGCAAAUGGCGACGUAUCGCUGUCAUAUUUAAUCGAGCCUGUUGACACCAGGAAACGAUCAUUCGGAGAAGACAUCACCCUCGCAAAUCCAAGUUUACGCAACUCUUUGCUGAAUUCCUCAUUGCUGACACAUCACCUGGUCUCUCAAAAUGGCAGAUCAAAGCCAUUUAGCUGGACCAGCCCAGUGGCAAACUAUCAAUCACUUCACGACUGGCUGGUUGCUGGUAGCGCCCCUACAAACUUGGUUUCUACCGGCACUCAGAACGGUCUUAAUUCAGCAUUACGGUCUCUUUCCUCAACUUCUCCCACCAAUUUGGUAUCACUGCCAAACUCUAUUGAUUUCUCAUCCAACUUGUUUAGCAGCACUCGCACAGAGCUGCCUAACGAUAACUUUGGCUUCUCUUCCAGGCUUGGCCUGAUGAGUAAGCCUAACAGUGCCUUUUUGACAUCUCCAUCGCACUAUCACAUUAGGCCUCACGAUGAACUGGCAAUCCUGGAUGGUUCAAGAGAGGAGGAUGCCAUAGAAGAUGACGAGAACGCCUUCUUUGAAGAUUAUGUACCUGCGUCGCUUGGUAACUUGAUUUUGACUCCACAGGAGCUCCAGAGAAGAGACUCGAGGUCUCAGUCUGGCACGUUAUGGGUAAGACCAAAUAUUGAGAGGUCACCUUCGGAAAGUAAAAGAGGCUACGGGGCCGGCAAUGACAAUGAUGUGUUCUUGAUGGAUUAG